AUGCAGGUGAGCCAUCAGGGCCUGCUCCGGGCGGAGGCCCCUGCGGAGUUGACCUUGGCGGCAGGUAGCUCCCUGGCAACGUUGGCGAAUGGCCCGCGGGGCAGUUGGAAGCCACUUCGAAAACUGGGUGAGCAGGUGGUCAAAGCGGGUCAUCGGGUGGUCCAGGUGGUCAAAGAUCAUAUCACCCUACCCUUCCCGACUGACUGUCCGAGAGGACGCUUGGACUUGCACGGCAAGUAUGUUCACUGGGGGGAUGGCACAGUGGCCCGGUCGAAGAGGAAUUUUCGAUGUGUGGUCCGUGGCCACGGUGCAACCGUCAAGGUAAUGUCUGGGUCAGAGCUGUGGUUCAAAGACGUGAUCUUCGAGGGUGACAUCAGCUUUUCUCGCUCUCGGGUGUCGAAGGCUUUAACGGAUAGAGCUCUGGUGCACGCAGAACAUAUGUACAUUAAGGACAGUCUGGCUUCUGUCAAGUUUGAAGAAUGCCAUGGGACUGGCCUGAGAACCAAUCAUUUGGAACAGUCAGAUGGACAUCUUAGCUUCUUGCAUUGUGGCGGGGGGAGCUGGUCCGCGCUGGAAUCUGCCGACCUGAUCCAGACCGGAGGUGUCAUGAAGUUCCAACAGUGUAGGUGCAGCUGUGAUGGUGGAGGUGCACAUGUGUCUAGCAGCAUGAAGCAAACCGGAGGAAAGAUGGAAUUUGCUGAGUGCAGUGCAUGGUCUGGUGGUGGCCUGUACAGCCACCAUCUGUAUAGCGAGAAUGGGGUACUAGCAUUCAGGAAUUGCACGGCCGAGUACACGGGCGGCUGCCUGGCUGCCUUUGGCAGCCUGAGCUUGAUGCGAACGCAGACCGAGACGUCUGGCAAUGUGCUUUUCCAGAACUGCUCCAGCAUGUUCGAUGGUGGAGCGAUCUCGGCGCAGGAUAUGCAGCAAGUGCAGAUCCGCGGAGCAGUGCAUUUCCACCGACAGAUGUGUCAAGAUGGAUAUGCUUCAGCCGGCUGUGCGGAGUGUGCUGCGGGUUAUGGCAUGUCGGAUGCCAGCGUCCUGCUCUGCGUGAAGUGCGCGGAGUCUCCUUGGGUCACAGCUCUCCAGGUGUGUUUCUGGCUGGGGAAGAACGUGCUGAUCUUCGGGCUUGCUGCCAAGAGCGUGCUGGGUGCUUCCCAGGAGGCCAAGUCCAGCAGCAUUUUCCUAAAUCAGUUGCUGAGCUUUGCCACCGUGGCAGGCACCAUAGUGUCAGCCAUGUUGCAGACACCGGCCGGCGAAGACUUGCGCAAUGGAGUCACCGGCGUACUGCUGCAGGCUGUGGGCAUAGUCAUGGACGUUGGCUCCGGCCAGUCGGCAAGCACAGUACAAUCCACGCAAUGUUUGCUUGAGUAUUUUGGCCUGCAGCCGGGCCUCUGGAAAGGCCAGGUGGCUUUUGCAGCCAUGGCAGCAACACUCACAACCGCCUUGGGGGUGGCCAAGGGCUGGCAUGUGGCGAUUCUUGUUGGUAUCAAUUGCUUUUUCCCUUCCUUUCUGGGUCACUUCGGACGUCAACUGGUGUGCUUCCGUCUCGGAGAGCGUGAGGACCUGUACUGCCCACAUGCGCCAGGCAUGGGCUUCGCCUGGGUCGUUGCCGCCAUGACGCUCUCCACGGCUGUGAUCUUGGCGGCCUGGUGGAGGCUCUACAACCACAGCGAGCACAGCAAGAGCGGCGAGAGCGGCGAGAGCGGCGAGAGCGGCGAGAGCGUGGAGCCGCUCCCGGUGCAUGUGGUCUUCCUGACGGCACCCUAUCACAAGGCCUUUGCGGCCUGGGAAACUGAGAGGCUGCUCAGGAAGAGCACCUUCACGCUGCUCGCCGCCGUGCUCCCCGUCACCGCCUCCCCGGCGCUGCAGAUGUCAUCCCUGGGCCUGGUGCUCUUGGCAUCCCUGAUUUUGUACAUGUUCUUGUUGCCCUACGAGACCGAGAGGUGGAAUUACGUGGAGGUGGCGUUGCUCACGGUCUCUCUGAUGAUGACCUUUGCCGCAGUGGCUCUGCUGACCGGCGACCUCCAUUGGGGGCACAGUUACCCGGUCCAUGUGACAACCACUGUAUUGGUGACCAUCAUGGCGGCUAUUAUUUGUGGUGUGCUGGCCUCCCUCACGUUCUACUACAUGAUGCUGGAACAAGUUGCUGACUCACAAAAGCCCCGCUUGGAGCACCGCAGUUCAAGGCGCCCUCCGCCACCGAGGAGGCCUAGCACUAGAGCUUCGUCCGGAAUCCAACUGCCUUCCACUUCCAUGCAUCCCAGCCAAGCAUUUCACACGCCGCGCGGUGUCUACCCAGACAGGCCUCCGGGGAUCCACUCGGCGCAGGUAGGCCGUCUGCCAACCGCUGAUCCCACAGCGCCACCCACACCGCCCGGAAUAAUACCUCCACUUGGCUAUCCAGACAGGCCUCCGGGAAUUCACCUGCCGGUGGCGCAGGCAGACCGGCUGCCAACUUCUGGUCCCGCACCAACACCGCCCGGAGUGCCGCCACUGGGUGUCUACCCACAAAGGCCGCCGGGGAUUCACGCGACGCAGGCAGACCAACUGCCAACUCCUGAUCCUGGAGGUUGA